CAGCUCCUCCCCGCCGUAGCACAUCGUAUUCGCGCAGGGCUCGCCGCCGAAAUGAACGUAGCAACGGCACCGCGUCGGCGAAGACCGGCCUAACGCUACAGCCAGGAUGGUGGUGUCCAGUGGAUAAAAAAGCGCGCGCGCUCUCCUGGGUGUUGCGGAUUACACCGUUUUUCCGCAAGGCCGGAUUAUCCAAAACCAUGGACGAAGACGUAGACCAAUGCGGGCGUUGCCUGGAGCUCGGGAUGCCGGACAUGACGGCGCUCAGCCGCAUCGACGAGGACACCAUCAACAACAACCUCAGGACACGAUACAGGAAGGACAAGAUAUACACCUACACCGGCACCAUCCUGAUCGCCGUCAACCCUUACAAGGAGCUCAGCAUUUAUGACACGGACUGGGUGCUCCGGUACAGCGGCCGCAAGAUCGGCCAGUGCGAGCCCCACGUGUUCGCCAUCGCCGAGUCUGCGUACGACAGCCUGCAGAACAUGACCGCCAACCAGGCGUGCGUCAUCAGCGGCGAGAGCGGUGCCGGAAAGACGGAAACUACAAAGUUCAUUCUGCAGUACCUUUGCACAGUCACCACAAACGUAUCCACGUGGAUUGAACAACAGAUCCUGGAAGCUAACACCAUCCUCGAAGCAUUCGGCAACGCGAAGACGGUUCGCAACGACAACUCGAGCCGAUUCGGCAAGUUCAUCCAGGUGUGCUUCGACGGCCGCUUCCAGAUCAAGGGCUGCAUGAUACAGGACUACCUGCUGGAGCAGUCGCGCAUCACGUUCCAGUCGAGUGGCGAGCGAAACUACCACAUCUUCUACCAGCUCGUGGCGGCGGCCCAGCGCAGCGCCGAGCUACGCGACCAGUUCGCCAUCGGCCCCGUCGACCAGUACACCUACCUCAGCCAGAGCGGAUGCCUCUCCAUCGAUGGCGUCGACGACGCCCUCAUGUUCGACGCCCUCAGGCUCGCCAUCUCCGUGCUCAACAUACCGCAGGAAAUGGUGGACGGCAUCUUCAGCGUGCUCAGUGCCAUCCUGUGGCUGGGCAACCUGCAGUUCUGCGACUGGGACGAGGAACGCAGCUCGCUCACCGCGGGCGACGAGGAGAUCCUGAUGACGGUGGCCACCCUUCUGGGAUUCCAGCCCGAGGAACUCACCUACGUCACGCUUCACCGGCAGAUCAUCGUGCGUGGAAACGUCACCGAGAUACCGCUCAAGUACAACGAGGCCCAACAAAACCGCCAUGCCAUGGCCAAGGCAUUGUACUCAAGGACGUUCGCCUGGAUCGUAAACUACAUCAACAUGUGCACGAGUCCCGGACGAGACAGCAAUAGGUUCCUCGGCGUCCUAGACAUCUUUGGAUUCGAAAACUUCGGGGUGAACAGCUUCGAGCAGCUGUGCAUCAACUACACGAAUGAAAAGCUCCACAAGUUCUUCAAUCACUACGUUUUCGCCCUGGAGCAAGAAAUGUACCGCCAAGAGGACAUCCAGUAUUCUCAUAUCCAUUUCACUGACAACACUGCCUGUCUAGAAUUGAUCGAAAAGCCUCCAAAGUGCAUUUUGAAGCUCCUCGUGGAAGAAUGUCGCAUGCCCAAGGGCACGGACAUCAGUUUCGUAAGCAAGCUUCACCAGGAGCUGGAAGGACACGCGUACUACGUCCGGGGCGAUGACCGUCGUCGCUGGGAGCAGGAGUUUGGCAUCCGCCACUACGCGGGCACCGUAGUCUACACCACGCAGGGCUUCCUCGAGAAGAACAAGGACGCCCAGCAGGACCAGCUGUUCGAGCUCAUGCGCAAGUCCACCAACGCCUUUGUCAAAGACCUCGUCAAGUUCCAGGACCUUCUGGAAGUGACGUUGACGCGGCUGGCGGCCGGAGGCACCACGAUGACGAAGACGAUGAACAAGAGCAAGCCUACCGUCGCUGACGCCUUUCGCUACCAGCUGACGGCGCUCGUUGAACUUCUGCACUCGACGGUUCCAUGGUAUGUCCGUUGUAUCAAGCCGAACACCCAGAAAACGGCAAACAACUACGACGACGAACAGGUUUUGACGCAACUCCGGUACCUCGGCAUGCUGGACAUCAUCCGCAUCAGGCAGCAGGGUUACCCGAUCCACAGCACGAUCGACGACUUCCUCCGGAGGUACCGAUGCCUGGUCAGGCAUAUGGGCACGCUCCCGGCGGAACCCCUCAAGGCCUGUCGCUUAAUCCUCGAGAAGCUGAGCAUGCCCAAAAUGGAGUGGCAGAUCGGGAAGACCAAGGUGUUUCUCAGAACGUCCGUAUUCGACCCCCUCGAAGAAUCGAGGCGAAAACUACUUCGACAAAUGGCCACCGUCGUGCAGAAGACCUGGCGCGGCUGGCGGCUACGGAGAGCAUUCCUUCAACAAAGAACAGCGGCCAUCCGCAUCCAGCAGCACUUCAGAGGUCACCGCCAAAUGAUCCACUUCCUACAAAUGCGGCGAGCAGCCAUAACCAUCCAGGCGUACGUGCGGGGCAUGUUCGCGCGCGAGGUGGCGGCGGCGCUGCGCGAGAUGCGACGCGUCGAGGCCGAGAUACGACGUCGCGAGGAGCAGGAACUCGAGAGACGUCGCAUCGAGGCCGAGAGGGCCGAGGCACAGCUAGCCGAGGACGAGGCACAACUCGCUUCCGCCGAGGACUUGAUGCGCGCCGCCCAGGAAGAGCUGGCCGCCAUCUCCAACCUGGUGGAGAAGAACAUGCUGCGGCGUGGGAACGACUCGUCGUCUCAGCCCCGUCAUCACCACCAGCAGCAGUCCGAGUGCGUCGACCUGGACGAGAUGUUUUCCUUUCUCAGCGAGGUGCACGAUCCGCAUGCGCAGGCGCAGGAGUACAUCACGGGCAUCUCGCAGGAGGUCGACAACAUCCUCCAGGAGGCCGAGGCGCACGAGGCUUGCUCACUGGCAUCCACCGACCUGUCGGUCUCGACUGGCGACCUGCAGCAGCAAGGCGACGUUGCCGUCACUCCCAGUCCCAUAGUGUCUCCUUCGCCCCCACCUCCGCCAUCGCCCAGCUUCGUCCAGGAACGAAGACCUCCUAGCCUUCCCCAGUCACCGAGUGUACCCAAGGAACUCAAUGGUCCCUGCACAACGCUUCCUCCAGAGGAACCUCCCGUCCGGCUAAGACAUCCGAACAACGAUAGGAGACGAUUGACGAACCACGUGGAUGCCGAUGACGCCGACAGAGAGCUCAGGCGUCGCCAGCGCGUGGAGAAGCAGCUGAUCGCCAUGGAGGAAGCGGACGGGGAGGCCGACACGGAGCACCACGACAUGAUCGAGUUCGCCGAGCGGCACUUCAACGCCCACCUGCGCGACUUCGGCGGCGGCCCGGUGAUACGCACGCUGUCCCGCCGCCGCAAGUCGUCCGGCGAGGUGCUGCCCAAGUACGAGAUGGUCACCUACAGCCGAAACAGCGCCAUCCCGACGUCGCACCUGCACCUCUACGACCCGGAGAACGUGGCCAUCGCCUGUUCCAUAUUCAAGGAUCUGUCCAAGUACCUGCGUGCCGAUGGGAAGCCCGAGGGCGAUGUGCACACAAUCCAGACCAUAAUCGGCUACGGCAUCGAGCGCGAAGAGCUUCGCGACGAGAUCCUGGUGCAGCUGGUGCGCCAGUCGACCAACAACCCGAGUCACGAGGCCACCGUUCGGGCCUGGUUGCUCAUCGCGCUCAGCGUGGUCUCCUUCAGGCCCUCGAAGGCAUUCUCCAAGUAUCUCUAUUCCUACCUGAAGAAGAGCGUUAUGGAAGACUCCGAGAUCGCUGCCUACGCUCAGUACUGCCUCGAAAACUUGAGCACGGCGAAUGCCACCAAUCGGAAGAUGCCGCCGUCGACUCUUGAGAUAAACGCCGUUCGACUGCGAGAGAACCUCGUGUGCCGCUUCUACUUCAUGGACGGCCGGACCAAGGCCAUCGACAUCCACCCGUCCAUAACGGCGGAGGACGCCAUCAAGACGCUGGCCACCAAGAUCGGGCUGCGCUCGCUCGAGGGCUGGGCGCUCUACGAGUGCACACCUGACCAUGAACAUGUCAUAAAAGGAUUCGAAUACCUUGCGGACAUUAUCUACCAGUGGGAAACGUGUCGUCGUACGUCGGCGACGUUGACCAAGUACACGACCAUUUCGAAGAAGGGUCCCACGAAGGCCCUCGGAGGAGGCGAGUGCCGCUUCGUCUUCCGCAAGCGACUCUUCAAGGCGGUGCGAGAGAUCCCCCAGGAUCCUGUCGAAGUGAGCCUGCUGUACGCGCAGGCGGUACACGACGUCGUCAAGGCGGACAGCUUCCCUGUGGUGGAGAGAGUAGCUCUGCAGCUGGCUGGCCUGCAAGCUCAGGUCUCUGUUGGCGAGCCGUCAGAAAUCGAGGAGCUUGACAGGUAUCGGGACGUGGAAAGCUACAUCGCUGAGCGCAUCAGGGACACGCGUCCCGAGAACGAGUGGAUCCAGGCUCUGUGCACCGCCCAUAGAACGUACGGAAGCGGAAAGUCCGAACUGGUGUGCAAGGUGUGGUACCUGUCCAUCGUCAUGCAGUACCCGCUCUACGGAACCGCCUUGUUCCCAGUCACCUGCCGCGGCUACCUCACCUACGACCAUCAAUUGCUGCUGGGCGUGAGCUGCGAAGGCGUUCUUCUGGUGAACGCGGACAGCAAAGCCAUCCUGAACGCGUACCGCUACUCGGACCUCGAGUCCGUGCUUGUCAACGAGGAGGACCGCCUGGUCACCGUCACGCUGUCUAAGAACGUGCCGGACCUGCACAAGUGCUACCUGUUCGAGACGCCCCAGCACCAGGAGGUGGCGUCGCUGGUGGCCAGCUACUGGCCGCCGCUGGCCGCCCGCAUGAAGCCGUCGUACGAACUAAGCGUCAAGGGUCGCCUGGCUUUCGAAGACCGUGUGAAGCUUCACCAGGAGGUGAUGAACUGUCGGCGCACCCUGGUGGACAGCGGGCUGCUCAACAAGCCAGAGGUGGCCACCCUGGGACUCUUCAGGAGCACCCUGAGGAGGUUGAACAGGAAUCGUUUGGACAAGCUCCGCCAGGAGUAUAGCUCGGAGGGCUACAAGUCGUACCAGCACACCUACUGGGCCUUCGGCAAGACACCCAUCGGACAGAGCUUCCUGGUCAUGGCCGAACCGCAGGCGGAGACCACGGCCGUUAAGGUCUACAGCUCCAUACUCAUCUUCUCCGGACUUCUCGAAGAAGAGGACACCGAGUGGCACGGUCAGCGCGAUUUGAUCCAGCUGGCGCAGUCCAUCAUCGAGUGCUGCAUGGUGCGCGAAGUACUGCUCAACGAACUCUUCAUGCAACUGAUCAAGCAGACCACUGACCACCCGGACCCCAACAGCCGGGUGAACGUGCGCCACUGGCAGCUGCUGUCGCUGCUCUGCAGCGUGGCCGCUCCCACGGACCGACGCAUCCUGGGAUACCUGCACGCGCACCUGCGGCACUGCGCCAUGGACGUGGUCACCGAGGAAGGACAGUUCGCGCAGUUCGCGCUAAAGUGUCUGAUGCGCACACUGGAGACACGUGGACGACGGUGGCCUCCGUCACGGGACGAGGUGUCGUGCACCACAAGGCGACACCCGUGCCGCUCCAAGGUGCACUUCCUCGACGGACAAGUGCAGAACGUCGACUUCGACCCCUGCGUGUCGGCCGCAGAGAUGCUCACCAUGCUCAAAACGCGCAUCAACCUGAGGUCCACGGCCGAAGGAUAUGCCAUUUAUGAGGUCAUCGGACCGACAGAACGAGCCAUGCUGCCGGACGAGAAGAUGGCCGACGCGAUGUCCAAGUGGGAACGCUGGGCUCAAAGCCAGCAGGGCACCGCGAAAGCCAAUAAGCAACAGUACUUCCUUUUCAAGAAACACCUGAUGCUGGACGCCUACAUAGACCUGAGCGACCCCGUUGAGGAAGAGCUGCUGUUCCAUCAGCUUGUCUACAACAUCCGCCUGGACAGGUUCCCUGUGACGGAGCACGAAGCCGUCACCCUGUGCGCCCUCAAGGCUCAACUGGACUACGGGGACUUCCGGGAGGCAAUUGUUGACUAUAGAAAAGUGAUGGCCCAGUGUCUUCCCAUGCGGCUGCUCAAAAUGAUCUCGGCCGAUCACGUGGUGACGCAGCACCAGGCUUUGGCCGGCAUGAAUGUGCAGGAGAGCAAACGCGCCUUCCUCGCCUUGCUUCAGUCGUGGCCCCUGCACCGAGCCACCAUCUUCGAAGUCACGCAAUCCUACACAUCGUCCUGGCCUAAGACAUUGUGGUUCGCCGUCGACCAGACGGGCGUACACUUGCUCGAGCUUCGCACACGGAAUGUGCUGUGUGCCUGUGAAUACGAAAGCAUCGUGAACUACAGUCCAUCCCUAAAUAGUCUCAUGAUUGUCACUGGAGGCGGCAAGAAGGGCGCCAAGUACAUAUUCACUACCAAUCAGGCGUUGCAGAUCGCCGGCCUCAUCAAAGACUACACCAACGUGCUCCAGAUGAAGCGAAAGCCGAUGGAGCGAAUGUGGCACACGCCGCACGUCGACGCGAGCGCCACCGCCACUCAGGAAGGCGGCAUCCAGCAGGAGCCGGCGACUCCGCAGGGGUCCGAGCCGCAGCCACAGCCCCAGCCCGUGGCUACUCGGCCAGUCAGCAUCCUCUACAAACCGCCUCCGCCGCUUCUAGUCGGCGAGGAUUUUGUCUAGGAAAUUUUCGGAGGGCACAUAAGGACGAGUGCUCGGGGUAUAUACUUAUGUGUUGUACGUAACCGCAGCAAAAGUGCUCAUAUCCAACGAAAUUUAGUUGGUUACGAUUCCAAAGAGCGGGGAAGAUGCUUACUUCGAUGUCGUUGCGGUGCUGUGUAAAGAAAGAACGAAACUUUCGUACGGGUGGUUCAGGUCUUGCGAUUUACCGGACGUUCCAAGCAAAAGUCACCGCGAAUGUCUCGUAGAUCGUGAAUUGGGCAUAUCUUACUGAGCUGACCUGCGAAGGAUUACCAAGGGCCUUGGGGGUCUAAGAGGCACCAAGGGUUACCACCCUUGGUAACCAAGGGUUGCCAAAGGUUACCAACAACCUCGUAUAUACGACGCACCCUCCAUGACGUGUAUAUAGGUGUAAUCGUUGGCGUGAAAUCAUUUUGUGUCGGAAAGCGGUGAAAACGUGAAACUGCCUGCGGUCACUGACCGAGCAAGUGAAACAGAAAGGCACCCUCAACGCAGCCGCGAGGGAUUCGAACAACGUACUUAGCUCCCCAUCGGCAGUAACAUGCAUUUCGUUUGAGCCGUUCUGGAAGAACUGCGCGACGGCUUCUGGCGUAAAAAAAAAUAAUGCAUUGAGCGCGGCCUGUGAGAUCCGGCAGGCGUGCACAAUCUCGGAGGCCGUGCCGCGGUGCGACAGUGAGAUUAUUUAUCCCUGUCAGUGAAAUCUGAUGUGUCACGUAUACCUUGUCUUCAGUAAUUUCGCUUGAAAUAACCGUAUGUGUUGUGCGUGCCAUCUUGCAUGACCGGACAAGAUUAUUGCCUGUGAGGAAAUGGGGCAUAUAUGAAUCAUUCAGCAAUCAUUCAGCUCUUCUUUCUCCCAGUGGCGGAUCUGCGCCCUCUUGUGUCACUUUGAAAGUACUCACUGGCAUGAGAGUACUUGAGGGUACUCACAAGCUUUCUUGGGGACAGCGCAUGUCUUGAAAAGGAGAAUGUUCAAAUUCGAGUCUCUAGACUCCGGUGGUUCACUCUGAAAGUUUUUGGUUUGCGUCUCGGCAUCAUUAUGCCGAGACGCAUAUCGCCGAAUUCUGCCGUGCUUGUGUUUUUAGCCAAUCAAAGAAGAUGUGGACAUCACGUGAGGCAAUCACAGCAGACAAAAUGAAAUAAUCUAUGGCCUGGAGAAAGUGAGGCACCAUUGAGGGAGUAGUGCUUCUUGAAUGACGUUGUGGAAUAGCAGCGCAGGUGUACCUCAAUGUUUGACUGCUUUCCGCGUCGCACGAUGGCGUAACAGUUUCUGCCAGUCACGAAAUACUGAUGCGAUGACACUUCUUUUCUUGCUCAUAAUUUUCUCCGAGAAGAUACGUGCGAUCACACUGCAUGUAGUACGUUCGCGAGCAGACGUUUUGAGACCAUGGCAACAUUAAAAAUUUUAAAUUUUAUCUAGCACAGCCCCGCAAUUUGGCAUUCUUUUAAUGUAUUGCAUAAACAGAAAAUGUAUAGUCGUGAGUAAUACGAGAUGGAACACUGAAAUUACCUUUUAAAGGUCAUAGCGGCUAAACGCACUUGGCAAGUGCAAAAGUGUUAAUCACAUUAGAUUCUCAGGCGGAGAGGUAUCUCUGGCAAUUCAAUUUCGUCACAUUCCUAUCAGUGUAUUACAAAUAAUCAUUGAAUGCGAAUUUGGUGUUCCAGCUCAUAUUGCUCACGAGAGUACGUGUAGCCGUAUCACUUUAUUUCAUCUGGCGUCAUGUAGGCUGUGAAGGAAAAAGAAAUGUUUUUGUAGCAUCGCUGGUUUCCAGACCUCAGCUCGAGGAUGUAUGUUUUGCGUUCUGCAAACAGCUUCCCCUUUGAACACAUUAAAAAAAUUAUGUCGCCGGCGCUACACUCUCGGCCAUUUUUCGGUAUCGCUCACGUUAGGUAACGGUCACACACAUUCGUUAGGCCUAGCUUUCGCAGAGCUGCCUUCAUCUUGAACUGAGCAUCCAGAAGUUACAUUAUACAUCUGGUACAGACCACUCGGCUGUAUGGAGAUCGGUCGAUCCGAGAACUAACAUCCAGUGAGUUAGAAAUAUUACAUCUCACCGCUGACACCAGUUGCGAGGCGUUCGUAGUACCUACUGCUACCCGUUAGUUAUACGGAGCCUUGGAGAUAGUCUCCACAGGCUAUAUGCAGAGUUCGUAACUUCAUGCGCAGUGCCGGGUUGUUUGGUCGGGAAUCGAUCAGUAUUCCUGAUCGUUGAGAGUGAGACGAAACUGCUUGAUUACAGAAGUGUUGAAAGGCGGGCAAGUUGGUAUAGGUUCAUACUGAAAAUUGGCAGCGCAAACAAACGGGACACAGAAGAGGAACACAAACAGGCGCAUUAGUAGCAUUCAGGAGGUAACGACGAUCAAUCGCGGCUAGUUGAUAGCUCAUGUCUGCUGCGUCUU